AUGGUUUUGUGUACUGUAUUAGUCUUAUUUCGUUUAUUUUACACAUUAAUAAUGGGAGAAAACAAAGAACGUACGUUUAUUAUGGUCAAACCUGAUGGUGUCCAGCGUGGACUCGUUGGGAAAAUAAUUCAACGCUUUGAAGAAAAAGGUUUUAAGCUUGUAGCGAUGAAAAUGUUGUGGCCAACCGAGGAUUUGUUAAAGAAACAUUAUUCAGAUCUAGCAUCUAGACCAUUUUUUCCUGGUUUGGUUAAAUAUAUGAGUUCAGGUCCUGUAGUACCAAUGGUAUGGGAAGGAUUAAAUGCAGUAAAAACUGGUCGCGUUAUGUUGGGAGAAACAAAUCCAAAGGAUUCUGCACCAGGAACAAUUCGUGGUGACUUUUGUAUUCAAGUUGGACGCAAUAUUAUUCAUGGAUCUGACUCUGUUGAGUCUGCCAACAAAGAAAUCAAACUAUGGUUUGGAGAAGAGAAGGAAGUUAUUGACUGGGCAUCUUGCGCAGAAAAAUGGAUAUAUGAAUAAAAUAUGUAAAUAAAUACAGAAGUAUUUAUUGUAAUAUUUAAUCUGACACAUACGUUAAUUGGAUCAUGUAUAUUGUCAUUUAAAUACUAUCAAGGAUUCAUUGUAUGUAAAUUUGCUUUAAAAAUAAUAAAACACAUUCUUAUAUAAGAUUAAUAAUAACUGAGUAAUGAGAAACUUCAGUAAUGUAAGUUAUUCUAAUAUGAAUUGAUAUUGGUCAAAGGUUGUUACGUAAUAUUAUCAUUAUUAUAUCAUUAUAGAUUAAAUUUUUCUUACCGAACCGCAGGUAUUGUCGGCAAACCUGUGUUACGUUGCAGAUACAUGUUAGGCAAUUUUUUCACGAUCGUUUUUUAGGUAAUUUUGUGAGUGCACGCGACCCAAAAAUAAUUCCGAUCAGUACCAUACCACCGAAAAGAAUUAAGUUAUAAGUAACAUCUCGUGAAUCGAAUAAAUUAUUGAUAAUACUUUGUUUUUGUUAGAAUUUAUUAUUUCUUUAUGCAAAAUAUGUAUUACAAACAGGACAGCAAUGUUUUUAUUACUAAGCAACUAUUAAUGAAAUAAGACCA